AUGGCUUCCGUUAACCUGGAGAACGUCUUCGACGCUGGGGCAAAGGUGUCGCUCAAUGUGCCGCUGGUCAUUCCGGAAGAAGACCAUAUUGUCUGGCCGCUUGUGAUGGCUGGAAAUCUCGGGCAGCUGAGGGAUUUAUUGUCGAGAGACAGGAAUUUGAUGCAUGUAAGGAAUCAAUGGGGCCAAUCCAUCAUGCACGUUGCUGCCAAGAUUCAUCAGCCAGCAGUAUUUAACUUUCUCAAAGACGAAGGAAUGGACGAGAACCUUCCAGAUGAAAAUCAGAAGUCCGCAGCCAUCACUGUUCUUACUCGUAGAGGAAGCCAGGAAUACAACCUCCCGGUCGAUACAGAUGAUCUUGCGGAUCGGCUAGGCUGGACCAACCUUCACAAAGUAGCCGCUUUGGGAGCGCGAAAUGAUCAGGAAAUAACUGAAACCCUUCUCCGAGAAUCCGAGUACUCCGAUAUCGACACCGAAGACGUCCUCGGCCGGACUCCGCUCCAUUGGCUAGCUGAGAACGGCAAAUCGGGUGCUAUUCGCCUCAUUACCCAAGAUCCAUGGAGCGCCAAUGUUCAAGCCAGAGACUUGUGCGGAUUUACGGCGCUGCACUGCGCAUGCUGGGCGGACGAUUUUGAUAGCAUCGUUGCACUGCUCGACGCAGGGAUCGACGUAAACGCUCUUGACAAGCAUAUGCGAACACCCAUGAUGCACAUGAGUAGUCCGGAGAUACUGAAGUAUUUGUUGCGCAAGGGAGCUGAUGUGCAGAUUAGCGAUGAUGAAGCGGCGAAUAUCAUGCACCAUGCUUGUGUGUCCGAUCAGGAAGAUCUCGUCGAGAUUCUAUUGAGAGAGUACGGCCACUCCUUACUUACCAGAAAUCAUACAGGCGACACGCCGCUCGGACAAGCCAUCGCAAACAACAGCCUUGAAGUAUUGAAGAUCAUGGCUCCUUACCUUCGAGGCUUCCCAGUGAGUCUUCCGCUUUUCAAUUUGAGAUAA